UGUGUGUCUGUCGUUGCAGCGGGCAUGGGGAACCAGGUGGAGAAGCUGACCCAUCUGAACUACAAGGAAGUUCCCACGGCCGAUCCGACAGGUAUGGACAGAGAUGAAGGGCCCAGGAUCGGGGUCUCCUACAUCUUUUCGAAUGAUGAUGAUGAGCUGGAGCAGCAGCAGGAUUCAGUGCACGACCUAGGGGGUGAGCACCCAGCCCUGCAGCCUUAUGAUCCCCAGCUGCAUGAGGUGGAGUGCUCAGUCUAUUACCGGGAUGAGUGUAUUUACCAGAAGAGCUUUGCAGAGGAGGACACACUGCCAGAGGAGGGUGAUGAAGGAGGUGGGGGGCAUCUGAGCACCUACACCCCGGAGAACCUGCUGAAUAGGUGCAAACCGGGUGACCUGGUGGAGUUUGUGUGCCAGGCCCAGUAUCCGCACUGGGUGGUUUAUGUCGGAGAUUUUCAAGUGGUGCAUCUGCACAGGCUGGAGGGGGUGAACAGCUUCCUCACCGAUGCCAGCCAGGGCAGACGGGGCCGCAUUGCCAACCAGUUGUACCGCUACAAACCCCUCAGCCCAGCCGUGGUGGUGCGCAAUGCCCUGGAGCAGGUGGGUUGCAAGGACCGGGACUUGAGUUGGAGAAACUCUGAGUGUUUUGCUGCCUGGUGCCGGUAUGGCAAGCGGGAGUUUAAAAUCGGUGGGGAGCUGCGCAUAGGCAAGCAGCCCUACCGACUGCAGAUCCGGCUGGGUGACAAGCGCAGCCACACACUGGAGUUCCAGAGCCUGGAGGAUCUGAUUAUGGAGAAGAGGAGAAAUGACCAGAUUGGUAGAGCUGCUGUGAUCCAGGAGCUCUCCAGCCACCUGCAGGCUGCAGAGGAGGAGGAAGAUGAGGAGGAAGACCAUCAUCAUCCAGGUGCUCAGACUGCUGUGGAGUAG